UAUAGGGAAACAAAUAUUAUUAUCUUACAAAACCCGUCAUUGUCCGAUUGCUAUUUAUUUAUUCAAAAUGUGUGAACAGUUUUGAUUUUACAAUUACUUUUGAAUUGUGAAUAGCUCCAUCCAGUUACUUCUCUUUCUUCCUCUCAGUUUUGCAGAUUUACUUAUAGGUUCAUGCAUAAAUAACGUACAAAGUGACAGGUGUGCAAAAGGAUGGAUCACAGGAAGCCUACAAAGUGCGAUCGAUGAUAAUAUUUUUUCUUAUUCGCACUUCAAUUAUACAUGUUACGAUUUACACAAAAAAAUCGAUAAAGCUCAUUCAUUUUUUAUUUGUUUUUGUAAAUAUAAGUAUCAACAUGGAUGAUAAGUCAUUUCAAGAAAAAGAAGGAUUAAUUGAUAAUUCUAAACGUCUAUCUGAAUCUAGACCCAUAUUCAAGCCUGUUUUGGUGAAGAAAUUGUUAGCUGAUGUUGAUAGUGACGAUGAAAGUGAUGAUCAAGCACCAUCUUCUGAUGAAUCAGAGGAAGAAUGUGAUGAUUUGGAAGGCCUUCAGCCAUUGUCUGAAUGUAAUGAAAAUAUAGUAUCUAAAUCUGUAACUGAAAAAACUGAAACUAAUGGUACCAUACGCAAUAAAGGAAUAGCAGAAAGCAAAUCAGAUUUUGGAAUUGGUAAAGAUGAAAUUGUAAAAAAAGAUGAAGUAAAAAUAAGUAAUGCUAGUAUAAAAGUAGACGAUAGUGAAAAAUCACAAUUGAGUACUUAUGUAAAAGAUUCUUUAAAAAUCAGUGAAUCUAUAAUCAAACAAGAAAAAAAAUUAAUGUCAGAUAAAUCUAACAGUGCCAUAAAACGUAAAAGUUAUAUUUGUUCAGGAGAUAAGGACAAUGCAAUAGUUCAAAUGCAAUGGCAAGCAAAAAUUGUUAAAGCAGUUGAUCAAGUAAAGCAUUCAAUGGCCAAAGAAGAAACUGAUUUUAAUAAUCAGUAUAAAUCAUAUUCUCCAGAAAUCAAACGUCAUUCUGCAAGUACAGCAAGUCAAAGUAAUGAAGUCAAAGAAACAAUGAAGAGUUUUGAAUCUUACUCUAGUGUAAGAGAAUCACAAGAAGUACAUGUAAGUUGCUCCUCAAGUCAUAGUAAAACAUAUAAUAUUACUGGUAGUAUUGGUUCUACUACUAGCACCACACAAGAUGAUAAAUUAUUAGUUCCUUCUCAAGUUCAAGUUUGUCAAACAAAUAAAUCAAUGGUCUCUUCUUCUCAAUCGGCAUUGAAUUCACAAAAAGUAACAGAAACUCCUAUGAAGAUACCACAAGGAUCCACAAGGCCAAAUCCAUGUAACUCUCACAGGAAUAUUUUUCAAACACCACAGAGUAAAGUUAGCCUUGAUGUAUCAAAAAAUCCAGCUCAGACACCAGCAACAAUAUUCUCCCACUGGUCUCAGCAGCACAUGGCUCAGACCCCAAUGAACAGUCAAUCUUCUGCAAGAGAAACCAUGCAUACACCUGCUACAAACAUUUCACAAGCUCAAACUUCAAGGCAAACACCGAGGUACCAUGUUGGAGAAAAUAAGAGUGUACGCAGACCUUUGGCAGACUCAAUGUUUUCAGUUUCAGCUCAAGGUCCACAGCUACCAAAACUGCAGGAAUUUCCUCAUGAAUCUCAGCCAAGUCCUUCUGUUACAUCCCGAGAUAAUAUAUCUGUACAAGAUAAUAUAUUGGAAAAGAAGUCUCUUUACAAAUCAGCGCAAACACCUUGUGAAUUGAAAGAAAAUCGCAAUCCAAAUCCUCAUGAAAAUGUAAGAACUGAAAAUUACGAAAACAGUCAAGUUAAAUUAUCACAGUCAGAACACAGGCAUUCAAUUCAUUCUAAGAAUGACAUGCAAAAAGUAGAAUAUGCAAAUGUACAUCAAAGUAACAUGUAUGUACCAUCAAGAUCUGUAGAGAGACAAGAAAAUUAUCAAGUGCGCGAAAGUCAGGGUGUAUCAGCUCCAGCCACAAGCCAAGAGUCAAGACCAAUGCAACGUUCUAUUCCUCAACAAAUACACAUGUUUAAUUCAAGACAAAAUAAGAUAAUAACUGUAAAAAAUAAUCAUUAUUUAGUGUUGGGUGCUCUUGGUCAUGGUAUGAGUUGUGAGGUUGUCAGGGCUCAAGACUUAGCUUCUUUAGAAAUGAGAGCUAUAAAGUGUGUUGAUCUUAGUAAAAUGGAGAAAGAAACAGUACAAGGCUGCUUGCAAGAAAUUUUAAUGUUGGAUAAACUGAGAGCUCCUUGUAUUGUGAAUAUGUACAGCUUUGAAAUAAAUGGACCCAGUCUUCAUGUUGUUAUGGAAAUUGGUGAUACAGAUUUGAGUCGAUUACUAAAAUCAAUGUUACAAGAAAAGAAACAGCUACCUCUUACUAUGAUUUUGUACUACUGGACGGAGAUGUUGACAGCAGUAAAACAUAUUCACGAUAAUGGAGUGAUCCAUUCAGAUCUAAAACCAGCUAACUUUUUAUUAGUAAGAGGUAGGCUGAAAUUGAUAGAUUUUGGUAUUGCAUCAAGUAUCAAUGCAGAUAUGACGUCUGUAGUUAAAAAUAGCACAUGUGGAACGUUAAAUUACAUUAGUCCUGAGGCACUAGUGGAUGUUAGUGCGGGUAAUCCUGAAUCUCCCAGUCAUACUAAAUAUAAGUUGAGUUAUAAAUCAGAUAUAUGGUCCUUGGGUUGCAUUUUGUACAGUCUAGUCUAUAAUGCUACGCCUUUCAAUCAUAUUCGUCAAACGUGGGCUAAAGUAAGUGCCAUCACCGAUCCAAAACAUAAAAUAAAUUUUCCUACGAUGACUGGAUCACAACCGGUACCAUUAAUUUUGAUCGACGUCAUGCGGAAGUGUCUUCAGCGUGAUCCCAAAGCUCGACCCACUGUCGCUGAACUUUUGGAAAUUUCUUACUUCCAAAGCAGCUCUCCAGCGGUUACUCCUAAUAUUCCAUCGCAAAUUUUAUUCAAGAUAAAACGCGCGUUAUCUGACGAGGAAUGGAAACAGCUGACAGAGAUACUAGAUAAAAAUCCAAAAUUACGGUAAAUUCUUCAAGCCCAUGAGUAUUGUACAUAGCAAGUAUUUUUCAUUAGUUUUAGGAAUCGAUUAGUAUUAAGCACGUUAACAUUUUUUUGUAAUCUACGAUUUUUU